UUUUCCUCUGCACAGGUUUUGAUCAAUCUCCUUCUAAUAGCGCCUACCCUUAGCACCCCAGCUUUCCACCCAGCUUUCCUAAGGAUGUCAUGUUCCAAACUUCACUUCUGCUUUGCUGCAUUACUAGGUAAACGUAUCAUUCAGGACUCUAGGAAAGUAGGGGUGGAACAAAAGUGGAAGCUGUAGCACUGGCCAUACAAAGUGCCUGUAGCUGAAGCUAACCCCCUUCAAUGUCCUAUCUGUACUGGUGUCUUUCUUUGUUUGGAGAGAGUGGUAUUAUAGCGCUAUGUACUUGAAGCAAUAUAGACAUUCCCCCUGCCUCCUCCUACAAGAGCCAUUGAGAAGAAAGGAAGAUGCUGGUGUAAUUCAAGCAGCAGCAGCAGCAGCAGCACAGACAUGAGACUGGCCCUUUAAGAGCUGUGCAGGGAGCCGGGCACCGCCUCCAGCUCCGGGGGUGUGGAAAACAAGAAAGGGAUUUGUGUGAUCGUGUUAUUUGUCGCCAGUGUGACAGCAAUAGUGGAGCAUGCCGACUACAAAGCCAGGGGUGUAAAUCCCCCCGCGCAUCGUGCACCAGCAAUGAUCCCCAUCACAGGAUUUCUAAGAGAGGAAUGGAACAGCCAUGAAUGGUGAUGCACUUAACCAAGACUCUUCCUCCCAGAUUCCCGACUGGAAGGAGUUCUGUGAGCUUCAUGCACAAGCCGCAGCAGUAGACUUUGCUCAGAAAUUCUGCCAGUUUUUAAAGGAGAACCCUCACUAUAAUGCUCCAGGGGCAGAGACCUCAUUCUCCCACCAUUUUGCUGCCAAUUUUUUAGAUUUCUUCAGCUUUGAGGUUAGCAGGGUAUAUGUAUCCGAUUCUCCAACAAAGUAUAACAUUGUUCCCUUUGUAGGACUACAGAAUUGCCAGGUGCCUUUAGCAAGGGAUUUUGUUUCCAGGAAAGAGGAAACUUCCACAGAGUCAUUAGACAGCAUGGAGAAUAAUACAAUGACAAAUAAAUAUUUGAGUCGGACUCAAGCCAGGGCCCACAAGGUUUCAUCCUAUGGACACUCACGAAGCUCUGAGGAUGUUUCAGUACAUGGGAGCUCCAAGACAAAAUUUAAAAAGGGUUUCUCAUUGAGAAAUAUGAGUUUGUGUGUUGUGGAUGGCAUGAAGGAGAUGUGGCAUAGAAAGUCCUCACCGGAGCCUAGCAUAGACAAUGGAACAAUAAAACGGUCAGAGCGUGAACAUUGCACAGCAGGUAACAAGGAACAAGUGGAGCCACGGGAAAAAUGGACUCACAAAUUACGACUGUCAAAAAUGCAGGCAGCUAAGAUAGAUAUUGUUGAUAUUCAGAGAGAAGGAACUCUCAGGUUCAUGGUUGCCGAUGACACCAAUUGCGUUGGUAGCUCUCAGUGGCAAAAAUGUCGUUUGCUUUUGAGAAAAGCCGCAAAAAUUGAGGGUGAAAGAUUUCUCCUUGAAUUCUAUGUUCCCCCAAAGUCAUCAAAACCUAAAGUAAGCAUUCCUCUGUCUGCAAUCAUCGAGGUCCGCACUACAAUGCCAUUGGAGAUGCCUGACAAAGACAACACGUUUGUGCUAAAGGUAGAAAACAGUGCAGAGUAUAUUUUAGAAACAAUUGACUCUCUUCAGAAACAUUCUUGGGUGGCUGAUAUACAAGACUGUAUAGAUCCUGGAGACAGUGGAGAUGACAUAGAACUUUCGUCAUGUGAGCAGGGCGCAUGUCUGCCUAGUCGCAUCUCAUCAUGUAGCUGUGAGUUUCUUGCUGAAGGAGCUUACCGACCGCUUGAAAUGUGUGGUCAGGAUGUUUCUGCAAUGUCUGCCGUUUCUCCACCUGCUGUAACUCCUCGGAGCCGGGAGCAUGCUUCAGCAAACCACCUGGUACACGUCCCUCUAGAGAACUUCCUACAGACCUUGGAGACUCCUCCUGCAGCUAACCAAGGAGCAGGUGAAGAAGGCGAGAAAGAUGCUGAAAUAAAUCUGUUAGAGUAUCCUUGGUUUCAUGGGACACUGUCAAGAAUAAAGGCAGCUCAGCUUGUGCUCUCUGGUGGAACUCGGAGUCAUGGACUGUUUGUCAUUAGGCAAAGUGAAACACGCCCAGGAGAGUAUGUGCUCACCUUCAAUUUUCAAGGCAAAGCAAAGCACCUGAGAUUGUCCCUGAAUGAGAAUGGUCAAUGUCAUGUACAGCAUCUGUGGUUCCAGACCAUAUUUGAUAUGCUUAAACACUUUCACUCCCAUCCAAUACCUCUAGAAUCUGGUGGCUCAGCUGACAUUACUCUGCGCAGUUACGUUGUUGCACAGAACCCAUCAUCUGAACCUGGACCCUCUGUUGGUUUCCAGCAACAAAGCUGCAGGACUGAAACUCAAUCCCAACACUACUUCUCUACUACUAGUGGAACGAACAUCCAGCCUGUAACUCCUCCAGAAAACUCAUCUUCCACUACACACCCAGCAUAUCACAGAGUGGAAGGGACUCUUGGUGCCAGGAGCCGAAGCAACAGUGCAGAGCUUUUACUGGAAUCAUCCAAUGGGAGCACAGAAGACUACCAUGAAAGUGAUGGGUCUCGGAGUAGGACAAGGGCUGUCGAAAAUCAAUAUUCUUUUUACUGACAAAUACAAUUUUCAAUCACAGCACUAAUGGUUUUCCACAUUUCUAAUUUAUGUAAUAAUGCUGAGAAUUAUUAGUAAGCCAUCUGAUGUUAUAUAAAGCCAAACCAAUAACAGAGCCCAAAUUGUAUGGAAAGAAACAUGAGGACCUCAUGUUAUGAAAUCCAUUGGCACAGACUGGGACUGAUCCCCAUUUCAGCUGUCUGAAGUCCAGUUGUAAUCAAAGAUGGCUACAUAUUUUUGGAUACAUGUAAUGUAAAUGAAGUCUCCUAAUGGAAAGUGGGCAGGCAUUCCUGUACUCUAUAUCAUGCUCAAAAAUCAAGUGUCAACGGGGCGGUGUUAACCCUUAGCAUGCAUGCCUUCUCCCUCACUCCUACCUGCCUUGACUGAUUGACAUAGAGGGUACAGUCCUGAAAGCCGAGCCCUAUACAUCAGUCAGUCAAGGCAGGGAGAGAGGAGGCAUGCAUUUUGGGGCUUGGCACCACCACCUUGACACUUGAGCUCUGUUUAGGAUAUACAGCUGACAGAUUCCUUUUAAAGCUCAUAAGUAAGUAAAACAUGCAACCAUUACCUGUUCACAGUGCACUGGAAAUGCAAAUUUACAUUAAAUCAAAGGGACUGUAUGAGAUCAGAAAUAUAGGACUAUUUUCUCUAAAAACUGCAUCACUCCCAUCUGAAGGCUGUACUGUAGUUUAACGCGAAUGGGGUUAAACUGCAGUACUGCCCCUCAAAAGACGUGGUUCUGUGUGUGAGGGGGGGGGGGGGGGCAGAUAUCUCACUACAACAAAUGCCCAAUAUUUAACCCGGCAAAAUGCAAUUUCAUUUAUUAUUUGCAUUUCUAUUCAAUUACCAAUUUCCAAGUAUUGAGUAGAAUAUUUUCCUGCACAGUUCUUAUUUUACAUGUCUACUGUUUAAUAUAUAAAACAACUAAUGCUCUAUAAAUGAAGCAUUAAGGCAUCUAGUAAAUAAAUAUAUGGCUUGCAUCACACCAGCAUUGCUUUUUUGUUGGUCUGUACCAUCAUUGGAGCAGAACAACAAAAGAAAAAACAGUGUCACAACAAAAGAAAAACAUACGAUACCUGAUGGACCCCAUUGACUUUAAUUGUGUCUGUCGGUUUCCAGUCUGGUGUUCUGUUCUUCUAACCACAGCACCCUGUGUCAUUUUGUCUGGUAUUUUUGUGGCAGAGGAAUCCAACAUCACCUCCAGCCUUAUAUGUUAUUAUAUUAGGGUCAUGUUUAAAAAUUCAGUCAUUAUCUAAAAGGCAGAAAAUAUGAAAUGAACUUGCAAGUUUGGGAAAAUAAGCAUAGUGUCAGUUGCCACAAUCCACACUUCUUUGGAAUCCCUUUUCCAAUCAUGUUUUUGUCUCUUUGUUUUAUAUUGAAUGACUCACAGCAUCUAGAUCUGUCUCGUAUUCCUCUCUCCCUCUUGCAUAAGCACAUAGGUGACAAGUUCAGCACAAUUCAUUUCUGUACGGUUUACUUAAAAACACUUAAUAUAAGCACAGGCUAAUGGUUACACUGGCAGCAGCAUAGCUUACAAUCACAAUUUACAUUCAAUUCUACACAGAUUUUUAUUUUUUAUUUUUUUGAAGAGCCAUUACCCCGAUGCAUAAAAAAAGUGCAAAUGUGUCACACAAAAAAGUGCACAAGGAUGCGGUUUAUCGCAAGCCCUUCUCCCAAAGGAGAGGGGCCCCGCAAACCUUCCCCUUCAGACCAAAAGGCACAUGCAAGGGCCCAGGAUCGAUGUCUUCGCCAAAGCUCAGGGAGGACCAACAUUGCUCCCGGCAUCCACCUGAGCAGCAACCCAAGUAUCAAGGAGCACAACACUGAUUGGCAUCUCUGUAAAAAUGGGUCCAUGCUUGCAGGGAGGUGAGGAACCCCAUGGCCACACACAGCUCCCCUAGACCUUCAGGAGAGACAUCUCAAAAGGGAACUGUACCCUGAAAGAUCCCUGUGGACUAACACAUAUAUAAAAGAGUGAACAUGGUGACAAAAAGAAUAAAUACUCAAACGUGUGCUAUGAAGUACUGCCUGGACAUCUGGCUAGAUCUAUGAAAAAAUUCUCAUAGCAACCAUGCAGCUAGAAGGCCCAGAGGCUGUAGGAAUAAGGGUAAAAAUGGAGUGCGUGACCCAGUAAUGUGCAAUCCUGUGUUGCCACCAUAGUUUUUUUCUAGUUUUGAGAUCCUUGGCUAUUGCUAAAUGUAGUUACACAGCACACAGAAGAUGAUUGUUGACUUGCACAGAAGAGACACACAAUACUCUGUAUUUCAUCAUGCAAAUUUCAUCAUGUGUCUUAGCACAAGUUUCUUUUUAUGUCCAACAUUAGCAAAAUUAGCAUCAGCAGAGAAGAUUACAAUGCUACACCGGUUUAGAGGAAUUCGGUAAAUAUACUUUCAGGUUUCUUUAGUCCUUGCUUUGUUGUAAUCUAGCAUGGUGGGAGAAUUCUAUAAAUGUUAGUUAUCAGAUUAGAACAUAUAAAAACCACUUUUCCACGUUUCACUACACAAGAAAAACCCUUGCCCCUGUUUGGAAAUCAAGAAAAGCCAAUCAUGUUUCCUAUUUAAUGGAGUCGAGUCAGAUUUAAAGGUGUAUUGGCAAAAUCUGAGAUGGAUUUAAUAGGCACUGCACUAAAAUAAGUAGUUUUUUUAGUGAUAUGAUCUGCAUUAACAGACAAUAAGAAUGUUCUCAAAUAUUCUAUAAUUGUAUCUUAACUUUGGCAGAUAAAUAAAAAAGGCAUAGUCCCCUAUCAUGAUCUUCCACAGCUCUCAGUAUGAUAGCGUCAAGUUUCCCCAUCACCCUGCCUCCUUUCUCCAAAAAUGGACUCCUCUCAGGAGUGAUGGCCUGCUUAGCCAAUUACUGACUGAGGCAGGAGACCACUGUGGCCAGUGAUUGGCUGAGCAGGUAAGUCCAUCUGAGAUGAGUCAGUCUUGGAAGUAGAAGGCAGAAUGAUGAGCAGGGUACGGGAUGACGUCACCAGGGGACUAUGGGGGAGAUCUAUCAAAACCUGUGCAGAGGAAAAGUUGCCCAUAGCAACCAAUCAGAUCGCUUCUUUCAUUUUCCUUUGCACAGGUUUUGAUAAAUCUCCCCCUAUGUCUUUUUGUUGUAUUUUUAAAGCACCCCCAGCAAACUAUAAAACAUUUUAUGUGCCCGUAUAACCCCAUUAAUGCUCAAUCUUGGCCACCUAAAAGUUAAAUGCUCUAAUGUUCCAAGUUAGGCUAUAAAUAUUUAAAGAGGUUUUUCCGCAGGGGUCAGGGUGCCUUUAAAAUAAAAAAUAAGGGAUAUUCACCUCUCUGAUCCCUGUCGGAGGACAAUAUUAUUGUUUUCAUAUUUUGCAGACCUGAAUAUUAAGAGAAAAUAGCAAACGUGUUAUUUCAUUUUUUCCUAUAAAUUAAUAGUACAAGUGGUGACGAGAAACAUAUCAUAUAUCUUAUUACAGAAAAAUGCCUCUUUCUCCACUUGUCAGACUCCUUCCCUUUCUCCCUUCACUGAUCGCUCAUUCUGAGUUCACUGGUAAAAUCCUUUUUCUGAGAGGCAGAUAUAACAAUGGAUUAUCAGCUCACUAAGGGAUUUAAGUUACAAUUGCUGCCACUAAAAACUAUGGAGAAGGGAGGAGGAAGAGGAAGCAGGUGAAAUGAGAUUAACACACAGACGCUGGAAGACAGUGCUACUGCUUCUAAUAAGUGUUCUAUCCUACUCAGUACUGCUUUAUAAUGUCCUCAGUGCUGCUACUGCUUUUGUAUGUGUGAAAAAAGUAGAAAUAGUUGCCAAGAUUAAAUUCACAAAACCCAUAAUGUAAGAAUCCUAUAAAAUCCUACUGCUUUUUAAUUUAGAGAAAUGUAAGUUACCACUUAGACUAUCAUCUUGUAGGAAGACAACAAAAAAAAAACUACAAACAGCCUGACUCAGAAGGACUUGGCAUGUUUGUAUAUUUCACAAAAAAAACAUACAUUUUAAUGGAAACCAUGUCAUUUUUCUAAAUUGGUGCUGUAUAGGGAAUGAAUUCAGCUUGCCAGGUACAGCUGAGUACUAAGAUCCUCAGUAAUGGGACACCCUGUAAUCAGUUUUUAUUUUAACAUAAAGAGGGAUUUAUCAAGACCAGCAUCCUACUCACUUGAUGAAUGCAGAUACAUGGAAGGAAAUUACAUAGAUUCCCAUUACAAAUUUUGCCUGCUAGUAAAUUAGGUCCCCUUCAUGACAAACCACGCCUCCUCCAUCACAAGCUCCACCCACUCAGUGCACAUGUUGUAAACUUGCAAAAAGUCUCAUAUGUUUUGUGCUUAGCUGGAGCUUUCUCUGAAAAUAUGCAUCUUUGUUGUUCUUCACUGUUUUUCCAAUGAUAAAGAGUUCUUCUAGCUUUCCAUUUUGAACUGCAUUGCUAUUAUUAUAAAAUAUGCUAUCAGAAUCCGUAUUACAAUGAUAUAGACAUCCAUCCUAAGCUUCCAAUUUUUAUGGAACUUGAGGAUUGUUAAAGAGAUAUUCCUAUUUUAGCUCUAUAGCAUAUCCACAGCCCAUACAUAGCAAAUAGGUGCAAGUAUCAACUCUGCUCGUACUGCUCUUUCUAUAAUCACCAUAGACCGCCAUUGAAUCAAGUGGAGACUGUUCAUAUGAUGGUGGUCCUAGAGGUGGGACCUGUGAAUAUGCCAUAAAUACUUAAGAUCGGAAUACCCCUUAAAUCAUUUAGAAGGAUUGAAAUGUGUUAAUGAGACAAUUUAAAGCAAGCUGUAAUGAUGUCUGGCCAACAUAUUGUAGCUGUUUGUGACAUCUUUCAGUACCCAGAAUUCUUAUAUAGGUAUGGUCCUUUUUUUUGGGGGGGGGGGGGGGUUAAAAAAUAUAAAAAUAAAAAAUCUGUAUACUCAAUAUUCCCUUAGACCAGUGUUUCCCAACCAGGUUAACUGAGCUUGCUGGGAGUUGUAGUUUUGCAACAGCUUGGUUGUAAAAGUGGUUAGGAAACACUGGCCCUGAUUUACCAUUAUAAACCUGACCUGUUUUGUCGGGUCUUGCUCCAGAACUUGGCGCAUUGCACCACAAAUUGUGUCUGCGCCAGAAUUUGCACCAGAAUUUGCUCCAAAAAAUGUAAAAACCUGACUAAUUCUCCAUUUUACUCAGAAAACCGUAAAAAAGGGGCAUGGUUGCCCGAAAAAGGGGUCAUGUCCCUGACAUUUUCAAAGAAUCCCAACAUAUUUACUAAGGAUUUCACAGAGAAUGUGGUGAAUUUGAGCUCUGAAAAACCCCACGGCUCAGAGCAGUUGGAAGAAAAGAAAAAGCAAAAUGUAGGGAAAAGUGCAAAACCUUAGUAAAUACAGUGGAAAAAAAACUUGUAGGGAAUUAAAACCCACAAAGAAAACUCCACUCCACUCUUAGUAAAUCGGGGCCAAUGUCUUGGUCUAAUGUCGAGAUCUUUAUUUCUCACCAUCUGUCAUAUGUUUUCUGCAUUGCCCUAAGAAACAUAACCACAAAAAGCCUGCAAAAAAGUCUUGCAAACAAAAAGCAUAGCUGAAUUGUGGUGUGCUGUAGUGCUGUGUAAGAUGCCACUGGAUUAGUAUUUGAACUAUAUGCACAAUAUACAUAUAUAUAUAUAUAUAUAUAUAUAUAUAUAUAUUCCAUUAAAGUUCUUAGGAGGCAGCAUGAUGAUAUGAUUGAUAACAUACUUGUUUACAUGUAGAGUUUUCCUAAAGCAAAUUUUCAUAUUUUGUGUUUUUCUUUCUAUUUGCCCUGGUCCUUAUAAUGCUACAGUACAACUAGGGUUAUUGUAAGGAUUUGGCUGUGAAUAGAGGUUGAAAAGAUAUUACAUUUGUAAGAUUGAACUAGUCAAAUGGACUGGUUCAUUUGGGGUUACCACAAUGAAGACGGUCAAUGAUUACCAUAAAUGUUUUAUUUUUAGAGAACCCUGUAAACAUGUAGACGAAGUGUAUACAUUUGUGUUGUUGUAUAAUUGUUACAUAAUUUAAAAACUGCCAAAAUACACACAUGUAAGAAAUAGAGGUUUUUGGUAAUGUAAUGACUAUUUCUAUGUUUCCUUUCCUUUAGAGUACGUUCCUUUUAAAGUCGGUAAUAAAGAUGCUUAAGUAUGUCUUGUGGAUUUAUAGGAUGGUGUAACAUAUGAGAUUAGUUCAUAUGAACAGGUGGAAUGCCUGAACUUCACCUCAUAUACUUAAUACACAAAUUUUUUUUUUAGUAUUCAAGAAAUAGUUU